AGAACACACAACCCCCCUUUCCCCCCACACCAACACACCUACACACAUUGUAUAUUUGUGUUCUAGGUCUGUGUUUGCCUAGGCAAAAGAUCAGGGAAAGAUGGAAAGUAUCAGAGUGGCUGGUGUUUUGUUAACAAUCCUUGCAUUGUAUUGUGUGAUACCAAGUUUGGCCACCGAUUACACAGUUGGUGACGGUUCCGGUUGGACGACGAAUGUUGAUUAUAAUUCAUGGACUAGUGGGAAGACCUUCGCCGUCGGUGACAACCUCGUGUUUAACUAUGUAGGAGGACAUACAGUAGAUGAGGUGACCAAAAAUGACUACAGUAGUUGUACUGCUGGGAAUUCUCUUAGCACAGAUAAUAGUGGAGCCACUACAAUUACUCUAAAGACAACAGGAACCCAUUACUUCAUGUGUGGAGCUUAUGGUCACUGUGCAAGUGGAAUGAAGUUGGCUGUCACUGUGGCAGGAGGAGAGGCUACAUCCACAACACCAUCAACAGGCAGCAGCCCUAGAACUAUCACCUCUCCCACCACCACCUCCUCCUCCUCCUCCACAAGCUCAUCAUCUCCAUCCACUCUUUCUUAUUCCCCCAUUGCUAUUGUAUUCACUUGUCUUGCAGUUUUUAAGUUUCUUCUCUUUCUCUCCUAACCUAGAUUAGCCACUUUGGCCAGGAUAGGGGCAGUGCUGAAUUCUCUCUCUGAUUUGUAGUUUGAUGUUGAUGUUGGAGGGAUGCUUUUGCUUAGUAAUUUUUCUUUCAAUAGUACUAUGGGACUCAUUUAGGCUGUAAUAAAGAACUUUGUGUUUAAAUUUAUUGCUAUGUUUGGGAC